GGCGGCUCUCCCCGCCUCCCUCUGUCCGCGGUCCCCCACCCCGGGACGUAGCCCGAGCCCCUCCGCGGCUGCCCCGGGGUCACCGACGCCGAGGCCCCUCUGGCCAGGGCAGGGAGCCGGAGCCGAGCCAGUUCCCAGCCCCAUGGCCCCAGCCGGCCACUGAUCCCCACCAUGGGUGGUUUAUACUCCGAGUACCUCAAUUCAGAGAAGGUCCUGGAACACUACAAUUAUACCAAGGAGACGCUGGACACUCAAGAGACACCCUCUCGUCAGGUGGCCUCGGCCUUCAUCAUCAUCUUGUGCUGCGCCAUCGUGGUGGAGAACCUCCUGGUGCUCAUCGCAGUGGCCAGAAACAGCAAGUUCCACUCCGCCAUGUACCUGUUCCUAGGCAACCUGGCCGCCUCUGAUCUUUUGGCGGGUGUGGCCUUUGUGGCCAAUACUUUGCUCUCGGGCCCUGUUACACUGUCCCUGACACCUUUGCAGUGGUUUGCCCGUGAGGGCUCUGCCUUCAUCACACUAUCUGCAUCUGUCUUCAGCCUCUUGGCCAUCGCCAUCGAGAGACAUGUGGCCAUUGCCAAGGUCAAACUCUAUGGCAGUGACAAGAGCUGCCGGAUGCUGAUGCUCAUUGGGGCCUCGUGGCUCAUCUCCCUGAUCCUUGGUGGUCUGCCCAUCCUUGGCUGGAACUGCCUGGGUCACCUUGAGGCCUGCUCCACCGUCCUGCCACUCUACGCCAAACAUUAUGUGCUCUGCGUGGUGACCAUCUUUUCUGUCAUCUUGUUGGCCAUUGUUGCUCUGUAUGUCCGUAUCUACUGUGUGGUCCGUUCUAGCCAUGCUGAUGUGGCAGGUUCCCAGACGCUGGCCCUGCUCAAGACAGUCACCAUCGUGUUGGGGGUCUUCAUUGUGUGCUGGCUGCCUGCUUUCAGCAUCCUUCUCUUAGACUCUGCCUGUCCUGUUCGAGCCUGUCCUGUUCUGUACAAAGCCCAUUACUUCUUUGCUUUUGCCACUCUCAACUCGCUGCUCAAUCCUGUCAUCUACACGUGGCGCAGCCGAGACCUGCGGCGGGAGGUGCUGAGGCCCUUGCAGUGCUGGCAGCGGGGGACAGGGGUGACAGGACGUGGUGGGACCCCGGGCCACCGUCUCCUGCCCCUCCGCAGCUCCAGCUCUCUGGAGAGAGGCUUUCACAUGCCCACAUCUCCCACAUAUCUGGAGGGCAAUACAGUGGUCUGAAGGGUAGACUGAUUAACCAAUCCAUAAAGAGCUGUGUGUAGACGGACUGGGUGACCUUAAGAUGUCCCUACUCCACAGACCUGGGUGAUACUGAUAGUAGUUCACAGCCCAGCCUGGGGUGGCCAGAGGAGUCAGACUACUCAGAUGGCAGAGCUGUGACUUUGUAGGCGGGAGAUCAGAGCUGGAGGAUUUACCGUGUGCUACAGAGGAUAGUGGUUAUUUUCCUGUCUGACCUUCCAGCUUGUGCUGAGCUCCCCUCCCGUCACUUUUUAUGGACAGCUUCAGGCCACCUUCUUGGGAACCUCUGCGCCCAGGAGACAGGAGGCUUCCUUUUACUCCCUCCAGGCCCAAAUCCAUAGCUUCCCUAAUUUCAUCAGUCCCCUUCCCUGGCGGCUACUUCUCUUUCAUGGGCCAGGAAAGGGAACCAUGGGGUGCCAGUGGGGUAGGGAGGGGCUGAGUCCCAUUAUCAGACCCAUCAUUGGUCUGUUGCACUAUCUAGGCAUACAGGGAAUUAGUGAAGGGUUUGGAAACCAGCUGAGGGAGUGGAGAAGGACUUUGAGCUUCCUGGUGAGAAAAUUCUAGGGGAGAUGUAGCCCAUUCUGGCAUUCCCACCUUUGUACAUUUCCCUUGAACCCAGGUAUCAGGUCCAGGCUUGAGCCUCGUGACCAGCUUGCAAAUUGUCUUUUUUUUUUUUUUU